AUGUCUACGGAGUACCUCUGCCUCGCAUCUGGCAGACGCACCAGCGGCACCACCCUCCCCUCCCCUCUCCCUACUGGUACACCGGCAACGGGUCGUGGCUGCGCAGCUUUGUACAUGCCCCAGCGAUCAACAGCCCAGGGAGGGGGGACUCGCCAGCGGGGGCUCCUUGGCUCCUCUCUCAAAGAGGCUCUCCAGGCUCUAGCUGCAUUUGGACAGCACCUUUGCACCUUCUUAUUAGUACCUCGUUGGCAGUUGGACUCUGACACCAUCGACUUUGGACGUCGAUGGUUUUUUCCUCGGCUGCUAUUUGGAUUUGGCUCGCAAUCCGUCUUUGGCAACCUCUUUGGUCUCUGCGUUAGUACAGGCCGAGACAUUCAUCCUCACACCCCCGCCACUCGCUCUGGAUACGGUCUGGAGCUCCGUGUUGGUGCAACGCGCGGUUGUCGUCUACCCACUGCCUCGAAGACCGGAGGGGGGGCUCCCUUGGCAGUUGGCACGAGCCAAGCGGCAGGGGUUACUGCCUGCCCUUCUGGUCCCGCCCCCUCUGCCAUUCUCAUUUUCCAGUUGGUUCGGGGACAUCAGGCCCUCGCCUGCCGGUGA